AUGGUGCCCAUCAUCAAUCAAUGUGAAGCGGCCAAUCGACCAGCUGCGUGGGCGGAAGGCGGUACCGCCGGCGGUCCGUCAGCCGACCCGAGAGCGUCGGAUGCAGCCGGUGUCGCGGCCGAAGCGCAGCCAUCGAGUACCGCGCCAGAGCUGACCGAGGAGCAGCGAAAGGCGGAAGAAUACUACCAUAACCUGUACGACGGUGGCGCCGGUGAGCAUGGCGACAACAACGCCGCAGGGACUGCCGGGACUCGCCAAGGGACGAUCAGCCCGGAGGCGCUGGAGAAGGAGCUGCUCAUCCAGCGCUGGAACACGGUGCGGCAGGCCACCGUCUACGUUGACAUUCUCGUGCAGCAGUCGGAGCGCGUUGAGCCGGAUACGGCAGUGGAGUACAGUCGUGAGACGGAGGCUCUCACCCUGGAGCCGGAACUACCUAUCAACCAACUCGGCACUCGGAUGUUGCCGCUGCCGCCGCCCAGCACCGAUAGUGCUCGCUACCUCGUAGAGCCAGUGACGACCAUUGGAAUGCCCAGUACCACGCUGGAAAAGGUGGCCGCGGAUCUGCAGCAGCGGCUUGCGACGCGGAUGCCGACACAUGCAUUAACGCGUGAGUCGGCCGACGACUUUGUCGGCUAUUAG